CUCGAGCUAAUACUAGCUACUGAUGCCGUUGCUCCUUGGCGCCCUGCUGCGACUGCCACCUCCUCUCCCUUUCGGCUUCGGAUUGUUCCUUCCCGCGCACGCCGUCCCGGAUUCGCUCCUCCUCCCACGAAGGGGAUCCGCCGCCGCCGCCGUGAGCCGAUAAAGAGCCGGCCACGGAUCGGAGAACCGCACCACACCGAUCGAGCGAGAACGAGUUUCCUUAACUUCCUUCCCGUCGCGCCAUGGCGGCCACCCGCAAGAAGCUCAUCCACUUCCUCCGCGCCGACCCGGCGGCCGUGUCGGCGGCGUCCUCCGCCAUGUCCUCGCCCAGGUCCUUCUCCUCCAACGACUCCUCCGUCUCGGACGACGACGGAUACGACAACAACAGCUCCUCCUCCUCCUCCUUCCCGGCCUCCGCGUCGUCCUCGCCGUCGCGGUACAGCCCGCCCAAGUCGCCCUGGGCGGCCACGACGCAUCUCCCGGGCCUCGGCGGCGACUCCGUAGACCCCACCGCCACCGGCCUCAUCGCGUCGCUGGUCAAGGAGGACGGCAAGGUCUACUCGCUCGCAGCCGCCGGGGACGUGCUCUACACCGGCACGGACUCGGAGAACGUGCGGGUGUGGCGGGACCGCCGCGAGCUCGCCGGGUUCCGCACGGGGAGCGGCCUCGUCAAGGCCAUCGUCGUGGCGGCGGACGGCCGCAUCUUCACGGGCCACCAGGACGGGAAGGUCCGGGUGUGGCGCGCCGGCGCCGGCGGCGACCCCGCCGCGCACCGCCGUGUCGGCUCGCUCCCCGCGCUCGGGGACUACCUGGUCAGCUCCGUCAACCCGUCCAGCUACGUCGCGAAGGGCGGCGGGCGGCGCCGCCGCGCGGUGUGGCUCCGGCACUCGGACGCCGUGUCGUGCCUCAGCCUCGACGAGGCCGCGGGGCUGCUCUACUCGGGCUCCUGGGACCGGACCUUCAAGGUGUGGCGCGUCUCCGACUCGCGCUGCCUCGAGUCCGUGCCCGCGCACGACGACGCCGUCAACACCGUCGCCGCGGCCGGGUUCGGCGGCCUCGUCCUCACCGGCUCCGCCGACGGCACCGUCAAGGUGUGGCGUCGGGAGGCGGCGGUGGCCAGCGGCGACCGGACGAGGCACGUCCUGGAGCGGGUGCUCCGGGAGGGCGACGGCGCGGUGACCGCGGUCGCCGCUUGCCCCGAGGCCCGCGCCGUGUACGUGGGCUCCUCGGACGGGCUCGUCACGUGCUGGCGGUGGGGCCCAGGCGACGGCGGCGAGCCGAGGCUCGCGGGUGUGCUCACCGGCCACCGGAUGGGCGUGAUGUGCCUCGCCGUGUACGGGCGCGUCGUCGUCAGCGGGUCCGCCGACCGGACGCUCUGCGUGUGGCGGCGCGACGGCGACGGCGUCGCUGGCCAGCACCAGCACCAGUACCAGCACGUCCGGCUCGCCGUGCUCACCGGGCACACGGGCCCCGUGAAGUGCGUCGCGGUGGCUGCGGACGUUGCGGACUGCGGCGACUACGCGGAGGGCGAGCGGCGGUUCGUGGUGUACAGCGGCAGCCUGGACGGGUCGGUCAAGGUGUGGCGCCUGUCGGAGGACCGCCCGCUCGAGCUGACCGUUCCGCUGAUGCCGCUACUGGAGUCGGAGGCAUGGACAGCGCUGCCGUCGCCGGCGCAGGCGUGGGCGCCGGAGCUGAAGCGUGUCGCCGCUGCGUGAGCACGAAACUAAACCGCCUGGCGCGCGCGUGGCAACAAUGUGCCGCGCACACGUGUACUGUAGCGCAGUACGGUAGUGUAUAUUAGAGAGAGAGUGUACAUAUACGUAUAAGAUACGGUGUACGUAUGGUUAAUUAGAGCUAGGGAUUUUGAUGUGCAAUCAGGUGAAGUGAAGCGUGUGUUGGGAGAUCCGAUACCGAUACGGGUAGUUGAUGGGAGGCAAGGGGCGGUUGGUUUGACAGGGAGAGGUGUCUCUUGCCACGUCAAGGUCCAAUUAAUUGGAGAAGAAAGGAAGAUUGGUUUAAUUUUGUGCGUGAUA